AUGACCACCCUGAAUGAAUCGCUGGUGAUUGCACUAGAACGGUCCAACGGACGGGAUAGUUUCUUGACCGGAGCGGAAACUCUUCUGCGACUUCUGGACAACAUAAUUCGAGACCCUCAAAAUGGGAAGUUUCGGACAGUGCGCCUGGAGAAUAAAACCAUUAAGGAAAAAUUGCUUGCUUGCAGUGGAAUGAAACAGCUUAUGUUGGAGAUUGGCUACGUUGAAGCAAACGGGACGCUGUCGCUGCCUUCUAAUGUGGUUAUUGCCAAGCUACGAAAAUAUCGGGACUUUAUAGCCGAACGAAUGGAGUUAUGUAAAAAUCCCGGCGCUGCGAAACCGUCCACUUCGAAGGACGUCCAGCUGGAGGCCAAGGAGCGGGUUAUUAGCGUGCCGAGGCCCACGAUUCGGGCCGGGAGUGCUUUCCAGAAACGUAUUGCCUUCCCGAAGAUCGUGUGUGCGAGGAAUGCUUUGUUGCAACAGUUGGAACUGCUUUCGGACCAAGUCAUGCAGUACGAGGAUGAGGAAUUGCUGGAGAGCGGAAGAAAUUUGGUUCCACUGGAAACUUUGAAGACACGAGCCAAGGAGAAGCUUCGGCAGGUGCAGAAGCUGGUCAAGGCUGGCACGUUCGACGGAGAGGAGCCGUGGUUGGAGGAUUUGAUCCUUGAAGAACUAGUCGGCUGGUUCAAGGCAGACUUCUUUCGUUGGGUUAACGCUUUACCUUGUACGGUUUGUGGCAACGAAAAGACCCAACAGGUGGAUAGUCGAGUCGAGGACGGCGUUCGAGUUGAGGUCUACAAGUGCUGUAAUGAACUGAGAAGAUUCUAUCGAUACAACGACGUCGAGAAACUGUUGCACACUCGGUGCGGACGUUGCGGGGAAUGGGCCAACUGCUUCACCUUUCUGUGCCGAGCGUUAGGCUACGAAGCUCGUUUUGUAUUCUCUACUGGCGAUCACGUGUGGACAGAGGUCUACUCGGCUCGCCAGGGACGGUGGAUUCACGUUGACCCGUGUGAAAACGCUAUCGAUUCUCCGUUGAUGUACGAGCACGGUUGGAAGAAAGAGAUUUCCUAUGUGUUCGCCUUCUCCAAGGAAGAUGUUACAGAUGUGACGUGGCGAUACUCCAACGAUCACCAGAAGGUGCUGAAAAGUCGUCGAACUUGUUCCGAAAGUGAACUGCUGGACACGAUCCUUAAGCUGAGAGCGAAACGUCGCGGCAAGCUGUCCGAACCAAGAAAGGCCUAUCUGCGCAAGCGGACGCUUUGGGAGUGUCUGGAUUUGCUGGCGACACGAGCUCCUUCGCAAGCCGAACUAGAAGGACGCAGUUCUGGAAGUAUGGACUGGCGGCUGCAGCGUGGCGAGCAGAAGCUCAACACAUUUUACAUCUUCAUUCCGAACGAACAGGAAAUUCGUGCAAAGCAAUUCAACGUGCGCUACUCCUGCGCAAAGGACACUUAUGAGCGAUUUUUGAAAGAAUCGACCGGAGUUGAGGUGCUGGAAAGUGCCAAGGAUUGGCAGAGCCGUCAGUACACUAGCGAAAACGUUUUCAGAAAGGAGGAGCACGAUUGGAAGAUGGUUUACUUGGCACGGACCGAGGGCACCGAGCGAGGCAGCGUCUGCUGGAAGUUUGAUUUUUCUAUCCAAGGCAUGCGAGUUCGAGAUAUCAAACUUAAGCUUGACUCGAUGGUUUAUGAGGGCGCAAAGGUGGAGCUGGUUUAUUUUACCGAUGAAGGCAAGCCCACCACCAAUCUAGAAAGUUUGGUCGGGUCGGGCAAAUUCACGAUUCAGGCGCGGCUUUCCGGAGGCAAGAUGUGGCAGCAUUCGCAAAUUUUCCGCCAAGGAAAACACGCCGAGGACUACCCGUUUGAGCUGAACAUUCAGUUUAUGUAACUGUAAUCGAACUUAUUGUAAUAAGCAAGUGCGGCACCACCACCUGUGAAUCUUUAAUGAGAAAGCACUUUUUAAGCACAUUUUACUAUUACUUCCUAAUACUUAGUAAAGCAUUACAUCGAAAAAAAAAAUAUGUCGCGUAAACGAAAUUAACGUUUAAUAUAAAAUAAUUCCUAUUUGAACCAAUACUAUGAGGUAAUUACAAACAAUAAUCAAUGAACAGUGAUUUUCGAGUUUUAGAUAUUCUAGUCGAGAUAUGAAGAGUCGGGGAUUUUAUGACGAUGCAUUAUUCAAUAAUAAAUAGUUUCUAUCAAUGUAACCCACCUCUGUUAAAA